ACGCACUGAUCUUAUUCGCAGUGUAUCCCCGUCCAGACGCAGAAACUGUUCUCAGGCAAACAUUACAGUCAUGUUUAAAUUUGGCGUGAUCGUGCUUCUUCUGGGUUACAGCCCUAAAGCGUUUGCAACCGACUGCACUACAUGUAAAGGUACGUAUGAGACUGCAAGAGAUGCUUCCGGCGCCACAGCUGCAGCGAAAUGCACUGCACUCGCGAAUUAUCUGACCUGUCUGGAGACGUCUGCGAAGACUGACACCGGGUGUCCGCUAGCAACUGCUGAUGCCGCUGCCAUUGAGACUGAUUAUGGCGACUCUACUUGUAGUGGGGAGACGGUAUUUACAGCAACCUGCAAAUGUCAGAAAGAGUUCUGGAAGACGGACCAAAGUGCAAAUGCUGCAGCUAUUUGCAGUGCCGCCAAGGCUUACAUACUGUGCUUGAAAGGAGAGACAGCUGUCGCCUGUGAUACGUCCGCUACUCCAGCAACUCUGGCUACUGGUGUAGAAACCAGGAUGACAGGUCUUGGGACAACAGACUGCGCUAUCGCCGACACAUGUCAGUGUCAGAUCAAUACUGCUAAAGCGACUAUUGCUACAGGCGCCAACAAAUGCACCGCUUAUAAAACUGAGCUGAGUUGUCUGAGAACUGCUCAAUCAACCGGCUGUGACGGCACCACGACCAAGAGCGCUAUUGCAACGACUUCUGAUACAGCAAGAGCAGCACUGUCAGCAAGCGAUUGUCCAGCCCUAACUUCCACGUGCCAGUGUGAGGUCGACGCUGCAAAGGGGGCCGCUGCCACUAGCGCCACAUAUUGCAUUGUACUGACUACACUGAAGACUUGCCUCUCUGCCAUCACCCCCACUACCGAGGUAGGGUGUGCCAGCACCACCCAGGCAGCUCUUCUGACUGACACUAACACCAAAACAACCAGCGCCAUGUGUGGGAGUGUUGCGGAUCGUGUGACGUUUGCGAUGACCUCACUGGUCGUUUCAGUUCUUGUAAACAUGUUCCUGUACAUGUAGUGGCCCUGAAAGGUUGACACUUCCAAACUCCUGUCCGUUCAUUUAUAAAUAGAUGUUUUGUGACUUUUUGUAAAAUGCUGGUUGUUGCCAUCUCUAUUUAUUUGCUGUUUCAUUUCAAUAUUCCAUCACCAGUUUCAAUUUGUAUUACUAAUAUGUGUUUUCCUAUAUUCGUUUCCAAUUGUCAGUGAAAACGGGUUGACUGAUUUGAGUAUCGACAGAUAAAAAAAUUUAAUGAAGCUUUCCGAAAAAAUAGGAAAUGUUUGUGUGACCGUUAUGUAUGACGUGGGCCACACAUAACUCAUGUAACCACUGACGAACAAAAUGGGGUCAUUAAAUCCUUUGAUAUGACCGAAAGGGCAUCUUUGGUUCCGGUUUUGAUAACUCUACGGCUUAUAUGCUGUUGUUCAAUCGUGUAAAUCUGUAGGAUACUCACAUGACUCAACCCACGUGUUCCGUACCCGAAUGACGUGUUGAGUUAAUCCUUGUUGGUUGUUCCACUGAAAUAAACGGUACUGUUCACCAAG